CCAGGGGCUUCCUCUGUCACAGGAAGGCGGCUGGCUGAGGGAAGGCUCCGUUUGCUCUAGGGUUCCUCCUCCGCCCUCCACCUCUUCCUCCUCUGACGCUUUGCCCAGUGGAAUGAUAUCCAGACUCAAUUUUUCGCGGUGCUGUUGUUGUUGUUGUCGUUGUCCUCGAGGCAGGAAGUGAGGAAUGUUUGCGCUCUGAGCGGCUCAGAAGGAGAGGUGAAGGCGGCUCUUUACGACAGGAGAAAGGGACCCGAGAAGCCGCCCUAUCCGACCGCUCGCCAUCCCCCAUCCCGCAAGGAACACCCAUGAAAUGGUUUUAUCUCAAGUGCUCUCAAAGCUGCGCCGGGAUUUUUGGAGCUAGAGGAGACCCUCUUUCUUUGGAUAAUUGCAACAGAACUUUUGUGGAUGCUUCCUUUGCUCAGAAGUUGGAGGAAAACCUGCCACACGUUAAUGGCUGCUGCUACUGCCGCUGGUUGAUCAUCGGGGGACUUUGCAGCUCCUGACUAUUUACAGGAGGAGAGACGUUCCUGGAUGUUUUUCUGUGACUUCUUGUGAAUGUGUUAGGGAAGAAAAUGCCUCUGCCUUUUGGGCUGAAGCUGAAACGAACUCGACGCUACACAGUCUCUAGCAAGAGCUGCUUGGUGGCCCGGAUCCAGCUACUUAACAAUGAGUUUGUGGAGUUCACGCUGUCGGUGGAGAGCACUGGGCAGGAAAGCCUGGAGGCUGUGGCCCAGAGACUUGAACUUCGAGAGAUCACCUAUUUUAGCCUUUGGUAUUUUAACAAGCAGAACCAGCGCCGGUGGAUAGACUUGGACAAGCCUCUGAAAAAACAACUGGAUAAAUAUGCAUUGGAGCCAACUGUAUUCUUUGGUGUAGUGUUUUAUGUGCCUUCUGUCUCUCAGCUUCAGCAAGAGAUUACCAGAUACCAGUAUUACCUACAAUUGAAGAAAGACAUCUUGGAAGGAAACAUUCCUUGCACGUUUGAGCAAGCAAUUCAUCUGGCUGGCUUAGCUGUCCAAGCUGAUUUUGGAGAUUAUGACCAGUAUGAAUCGCAGGAGUUUCUACAGAGGUUUGCCUUGUUUCCUGUGGGCUGGUUACAAGAUGAGAAGAUCUUGGAAGAAGCAACCCAGAAAGUGGCCUUACUCCAUCAGAAGUACAGGGGUCUCACGCCGCCUGAUGCAGAGAUGUUAUAUAUGCAAGAAGUUGAGAGAAUGGAAGGUUAUGGCGAAGAGAGCUAUCCUGCAAAGGACAGCCAAGGAAGUGACAUAUUCAUUGGAGCUUGUCUUGAUGGAAUCUUUGUUAAGCACAAAAACGGACGCCCCCCUGUCAUCUUUAGGUGGCAUGACAUUGCUAAUAUGUCUCACAACAAAUCCUUUUUUGCGUUAGAGUUGGCAAAUAAAGAAGAGACCAUCCAGUUCCAAACUGAAGACAUGGAGACAGCAAAAUAUGUGUGGAGGAUGUGUGUCGCCAGGCACAAAUUUUAUAGACUAAAUAAAUGUAGCCUAGACUCCCCAGACUCUCCGCCUGAGGAAGGCUCUCAGAAAUCUUUCCUCAUUCUUUCCUUUCCACGCUUCCCAAUCCUUUCUCGUCCUUCUCUGCCCAAAGGACAAGCUCAGACUGUGACAGUGAAUCCGGUUAGGAGGCGAUCAUCCACCAGGAUGUCUCUGCAGCCCAAACCACAGCCUUAUAUGCUGCCACCACCACCACCUCAGCUACACUACAAUGGACACUAUGCCGAACCGUAUACAUCUUCACAAGAUAAUCUCUAUGGGAAUAAUCAGAAUGGCUAUUAUUGCCACUCUCAGACCAGCUUGGAUCGAACCCCGCAUGACUACAACGGCCGAAUCCGCAACGGGAGCGUCUACAGCGCUCACAGCACUAACUCCCUGAACAACCCACAGCACUACAUGCAGCCUUCACCCAUGUCCUCCAACCCGAGCAUUACCGGCAGCGACGUCCUCCGGUCGGAUUACGUCCCGUCGCACCGGCACAGUGCCCUGAUACCACCUUCUUAUCGGCCUACCCCAGAUUAUGAGACAGUGAUGAAACAGCUUAACCGAGGAAUGAUUCACUCUGACAAGCAGAGCCAUUCCAUGAGGAAUCUCAACAUUGGCAAUUCAUACGCCUACAGUAGGCCUGAUGCCAUGGUAUACAGCCAGCCAGAAAUCCGAGAACAUGCUAAUUUUGCCUCCCCUCAUUCCGGCCACUACCCAUUUAACCUGAAUUACAGUUUUCACAGCCAAUCCCCCUACCCCUAUCCUGCUGAACGGCGCCUGGUGGUUGGAGCUGUGAGCGUGCCUGAGCUCACUAACGUUCAGUUGCAGGCCCAAGAUUAUCCUGCACCGAACAUUAUGAAGACUCAAGUCUACCGCCCCCCUCCGCCGUAUCCUUAUCCAAGACCAGCUAACAGCACCCCAGACCUGUCUCGGCACCUCUACAUCAGCAGCAGCAAUCCGGAUCUUAUCACCCGGCGGGUCCAUCACUCGGUCCAGACGUUUCAAGAGGACAGUUUGCCCGUUGCACAUUCCCUCCAGGAAGUGAGUGAGCCCUUAACGUCUGCCCGGCAUGCUCAGUUGCAGAAGAGGAACAGUAUUGAGAUAGCCGGACUGGCCCACAGCUUCGAGGCCAUGAGGAUUAAAGAGAGGACCAUGUCGGCAUCCGCUGCAGAUGCAGCCCCUCCGAAGGUGGUUCCCGGAGGGUCACAGCCUACCGUUUUCCUGGAGAGAACCAAGCAAGAGGAAAACGAGGAGCAAGAUGAUAAUGUGAACUAUGGGCAUAAGAAGUCUCUUUCAGAUGCCACAAUGCUGAUCCAUAGCAGUGAGGAAGAGGAAGAAUUUGAGGAAGAAAACAAGACUAAUCCAGCCCUCUCUCCAUUCAUCAACGGAAAACCCCAGCUUCCUUCUGUCAUGGGGAGUUACACUCCAGAGUCCUUAUUGAACUAUCCGUACAGUUCUGUUGCUUCGUCUCCUGGCCCUUUACAUAUACAUGAACCCAAGUUGCAUAUCACGGAGACUGAGAAGAGGGUAAAAGAUGUGAGUUCCACCCACAUCAUGGCUGAUAGUCAAGUGCAGAGAAGAGGUGAUGGGCUGUUGACGCCGUCUGUGUCUGAGUCCGACUUAACGCUGUCUGCGAGGUACAGGGUGCGGAAGGAUUCUGUAAAGAAGAGACCUGUGUCUGAAUUACUUUCAGGGAAGAAGAAUAUUGUAGAAGGGCUACCUCCUUUAGGGGUCAUGAAAAAGAACAGAGCAGAAGCCAAAAAGAUAGGACCUUUGAAGUUAGCUGCUCUUAAUGGACUGACGUUAUCUCGGCUGCCACUGCCAGACGAAGGGAAGGAGGAACCUGCCAGAGCAACAAAUGAUGAACGGUGUAAAGGUUUGGAACAACGGCUGGAACAAGGAAUGGUGUUUACGGAAUAUGAGCGGAUUCAAAAGAAAAGGCUUGUGGAUAGUGAAUGCUCGAUAGCCCGUCUCCCAGAAAAUGCGGAACGGAACCGGUUCCAAGAUGUACUUCCAUAUGAUGACACCAGAGUAGAGUUGGUCCCUACAAAAGAAAAUAAUACGGGUUAUAUCAAUGCAUCCCACAUUAAGGUCUGUGUUGGGGGUAUGGAGUGGGAUUACAUUGCGACCCAAGGUCCUUUGCAGAAUACAUGCCAAGAUUUCUGGCAGAUGGUGUGGGAGCAAGGGAUUGCCAUUAUAACUAUGGUGACGGCAGAAGAGGAGGGAGGCCGAGAGAAAAGUUUCCGGUACUGGCCACGGCUCGGCUCCAGGCACAAUACAGUGACGUACGGGAGAUUCAAGAUCACCACCCGCUUCCGGACAGACUCGGGUUGCUAUGCGACAACAGGCUUGAAGAUCAAGCACCUCCUCACGGGGCAGGAGAGGACGGUUUGGCAUCUUCAGUAUACUGAUUGGCCAGAACAUGGCUGCCCAGAGGACAUAAAAGGGUUUCUGUCAUACUUGGAAGAGAUACAGUCAGUACGGCGCCAUACAACGAGCACUGCAGAUCCUACGGCCCCCAACCCUCCCCUGCUGGUGCAUUGCAGUGCUGGUGUGGGAAGAACUGGAGUGGUCAUCUUGUCGGAGAUCAUGAUUGCCUGUUUGGAACACAAUGAGGCCCUGGAUAUCCCGAGAAUGCUGGAUAUGUUGAGGCAGCAGAGGAUGAUGAUGGUACAGACACUAUGCCAAUACACCUUUGUCUAUGGAGUUCUCAUUCAGUUCCUUAAGAGUUCGAGGCUCAUAUAAACCUUACCCACUCCGCUUCCAAGUCUCACUCUUUAGAAGAGCUUACAAAAGCAGAUCUUUGCCUUCCACCAGGGCAGACUUCUGGCUUGGUUUGAAGAUGCUUCAUGCAAGUCCAGUGUUGUCAGCGUCGGUCUUUGCAGAGCAAGACUUUGAGUGGGCAGGCUUCUUUCUUUAUUCGUGUGAAGUUGUAGCUGGAUCAAGAAAAGAAUGAGUGUGGGUGUUGUUGUUUUUAAAAAGUACUGAUCUGCUGUGUUUUUCAUGUACUUAAGAGACUGUGUUACGGUAGGCAAAAAAAGCUGAUCCUACCAAGACGGCAUUGCGCCAUAUUGAAAAUCAUUGCUCGCUUAUUUUUUAAUUCUGAUUAAAAAGACAACAGCUCAGAUUCAGAGUAAAGAGAGCAAAAGCUCUGAAGCCAUAUCUAUGAAGAUAUAUCAUGUGGGGAAAGAUGUGUGCCCUGCAGAUAUAGAGGUCACAAACUACAUCCCUAUGCUUUGAAAUUUUGUAUUCAGAUCAAUGCUAUAUAAAAUACUUGUGAAUUGUACCAAUUUCAUAUUGGAACCAGUAUCUGCAAGAAACCCUUAAAGGUAGCACUUAAAACAGUCCCCUUUGUAUUCAGUGUGGUGGGUGGGUUGCACUUAUCUAAAAGUUACAAACAGCACAAUAUUUCAGAAUAGUAUAUAUGUAGGAAGAGAGACUUUUUUGGUUUUUGAGAUUUGUAUAGUGAAGGAGGAAGAAAUGGGAAGUGAUAAAGGCUGGUACAGUUUGAGGUCUCAUAAAACAAGCGAGAGCUGGGUCCUUGCAGGAAACAUAUAGGGUAAUAAAAUGAGACAGAAGAAGCCAGGAGAAAUGGUUACAGCUGGCACUUAAUAUUUCCCCAGAGGUAAGAAAUGGAAGGAGGGUAUUGUUGCUGACGGUUCUACGCCGAAUGGAAAACAGGGGUUGCAGAAUGCUAUGUAACUCCCCCAGUUGUACCCUCAGUAUUAUUCAUGUAUUUAAAAGACAGUUUGCUACUACUGGUUGAAAUCAAGGUGGAUGCAGAUGAUACUUAAGCACUUUCUUGGCUUUUAUUUAUCUAAGGAAGAAUUUAGGUUCUACCAGAUUAGCACACCAGUACUUUUUAUUUUAUUUUAUUUUUGGAAAAGCUUUUUCAGAUGAAGUGAGUGAGUGGUGAAUUGGUUUUAAAGUAGAGUGUUGCACCCUGGUCACCAAGGAAGCUGAAUGUGAGAUGGGGGAGUGCAAGUGUGACGGUCAGUCUGAAUGUUUUAGCAGAGAGGCUGCAGUAUUACAACGGGUGGGUGGGAGGUUGUUGGGUUUUUUUGGUUAUGUUCCUCUU